AUGGAUGGUAAGCAUCUUCACGUGAGGUGUAUGGCUCGCAUACUUAAUCUAAUUGUGCAAGAAGGUUUGAAGGAAAUUGAUGCUUCUGUUAAACGUGUUAGGAAAAUGUGGAAUUCCACCUACGCGAUGUUGAACACGGCACAACAUUUUGAGAAGGCAUUUGAUAGGUUUGAAUUUUUUGAUGAGAAUUUUAAAACUUAUCAUGCUACUCAUGUUUGUGAAGAUGGAAGUGUCGCAGGUACGCUUGAAUGUGAUGAUUGGGUGAAUGUAAGGAAUGCGGUAAAUUUUCUUGAAAGAUUUUACGAGCUCACCAUAAAGGCUUCAGGUUCACAUUAUAUUACUUCUAAUGUUCAUUUUGAGGAUAUAUGUGAGCUUGAUGCAUAUUUGAAAGCGUGUGUAGCAAGUGAAGAUCUUAGUUUGAGUAAAAUGGCUGAGCGGAUGAGAGAAAAGUUUAGGAAGUAUUGGGGUGAUCCAAAAAAGAUGAACAAAAUGAUUUUUAUUUCUUCUAUAUUGGAUCCACGCAAUUAUUCCGGGUCCUAUUCAAGUGUGAAAUCAGAUGCUUUGAGAACUAAGCUUCACUUGAAGAAACAAAAGGAAGAUUCUAAAAAGUUGGCUCGUGAUGUGUUGGCUAUUCCGAUUUCUAGUGUGGCAUCGGAAUGUACAUUUAGUACCGGUGGUCGUGUACUUGAUUCGUUUAGAAGUUCGUUGACUCCUAAAUGUGUGCAAUCUCUUAUUUGUGUUCAAGAUUGGCUUAGGAAAAAGACUAAAUCUAUUAGUGUGGAAGAAAGUUUGGAUCAUCUUGAGGAACUUAAACUUGGUAAGAUUUUUUUCAGCGCUGCUGCUACUGCUGCCAUAGUAUCUGCGCUGCUAUUGCUGCUGCUGAACUGUGCUGCUGCCACAAUUUCAGCGCUGCUGCUGCAGCUGAACUGUGCUGCUGCCACAGUUUCAGCUGUGCUGCUGCUGAAUUGUGUUGCUGCCACAGUUUCAGCUGGGCUGCUGCCACAGUUUCAGUUGUGCUGCUGCUGCUGA